AUUGUGCAUUUAUUCCAUUUUUUUCUCCUUAAUUGAUGUUCUGUGACAAGAAAAAAAGACAAAAGAAGUAGUGGAGAAAUAUUGGAGGGUUAUAGAAGAUGUCAUUGGGGUGAUGUCAACCUCCUGCAUGUCUCCUGUGCCUUCCUCUGAAUUGCUCUUGUGGGUUUUUACAUCAAGGAAGGAGUUCUGUGAAGAUGACAGUUGUUUCUACCACAAUGAUUGUUUCCCUUUUUCCUGUGGAGCCUGUUAACUUUCAAGCUCAGUUGUGACAUUUUGGACCCUGAGAGAAUAAGAUUUCUUGUGGCAUGGAGUUGGAGAGCAGUGAGCAACCUGUUGUUAUGAGAGACGACAACAAACGGAGGAGGAGGAGGAUGAAGCCACACUGUACAGCAAGCAGUUUGUCUUCAACAGAACUGAUAUCCAUUGAAUUUGUUCUACCCACAAGCAACAUGUUAAUAGAUAUAGCCAGCAACUGUACAGUAGAGCAGAUGAAAGCACAAGUUUGGGUGCGAGCAAUAGAGAGGAAUCAGGCCUCAGAUUUCUACCAUAAAUUCACCCCAGAUCAAUUUGUUCUUCAUUACCAAAAGAAGGGACAGUGGUAUGAAAUUUAUGAUAAACAUCAGGUAAUACAGACACUUGAUUGUAUAUUGUAUUGGAAAGUGUUACAGAAGAAAGUGGGAAAAAUUCAUGUGGUCCAAAAGCAAAAGCCUACAGAGGAAGUUCAAGAGUUUCAAAAGCAACUCAAUUAUUUGAUUGGCUAUGAUGUCACUGAUGUAAGUAAUGUACAUGAUGAUGAACUAGAAUUUGCUCGUCGCAGGUUAGUCACUCCACGAACAAUUGAAGUAUCUUGCAGAGAUCCAAAAUUAUAUUCAAUGCACCCCUGGACUACAUCUAAACCACUUCCAGAGUAUUUGCUUACUAGAGUUGUUAAUAAUAACAUUUUUAUAAAUAUACACAGAGGAACGACUAGUCAGAAGAUUAAAGUAGGUAUUGAUGACACUCCAGAAAUAAUCCUUCAGAGCUUUUUCACAAAAAUGGCAAAGAAGAAAUCUUUGAUGAACAUUCCUGAAGAUUACAGUGAACUAGACUUUGUCCUUAGGGUGAGUGGCAGAGAUGAGUAUAUUGUAGGAGAGACGCCUAUCAAAAACUUCCACUGGAUAAGACAAUGCCUUAAAAAUGGGAAUGAAAUUCACCUAGUCCUGGAUGAUCCACCCGACCCAAACCAGGAUGAAGUGCAGAAAGAGGAGUGGCCUUUGGUAGAUGAUUGCACUGGAGUUUCAGGAUAUCAUGAACAGCUGACAAUAGAUGGCAAGGAUCAUGAGAGAGUAUUCACUAUAUCACUCUGGGACUGCAAUCGGAAAUUCAGGGUCAAGAUAAUUGGCAUUGAUAUCCCUGUGUUGCCAAGAAACACAGACCUUACUGUAUUUGUUGAGGCUAAUAUUCAACAUGGGCAGCAGCUCCUUUCACAAAAAAGAACUACGGCCAAACUAUUUACUCAAGAAGUCCUGUGGAAUGCUUGGCUUGAGUUUGAUGUCAAGAUUAAAGACUUGCCCAAAGGGGCAUUAUUGACACUGCAGAUAUAUUGUGGCAAAGCGCCAGGAUCAUCCACAAAGGCUAACCUGCAGCCGCAUGACUCUUCCAGUUCUGAUUCUAAAUGCAAAACCCAGCUUCUCUAUUAUGUAAAUAUUUUGUUGAUAGACCAUCGUUCCCUGCUGCGGACUGGUGACUACGUGCUUCAUAUGUGGAAAAUUCCAGGGAAAGGGGAAGAGCAGGGAAGCAUAAAUGCUGAUAAGCUUACAUCAGCCACCAAUCCAGAUAAAGAGAACUCGAUGGCUAUUUCCAUUGUUCUUGACAAAUACUGCCACCCAAUAGCUCUGCCUAAGCAUAAGAUAGCAUGUGAUCUACAAGGGGACAGGGCUAGAGCUGAAAUGCCCAACCAACUACGCAAACAGCUUGAAGAGAUCAUAGCCACUGAUCUGCUUAAUCCACUUACUCCUGAAGACAAAGAAUUAUUGUGGCAUUUCAGAUAUGAAAGUAUAAAGCACCCAAAGGCAUACCCUAAGCUGCUUAGCUCAGUGAAAUGGGGACAACAAGAAAUAGUGGCUGAAACAUACCAAUUAUUAGCUAAAAGAGAUGCCUGGGACCACAGCAUGUUAGAAGUUGGAUUGCCAAUGCAGCUUCUGGACUGCAACUUUUCAGAUGAAAAUGUGAGAGCGAUGGCAGUGCAAAAACUGGAGGGUUUGGAAGAUGAUGAUGUUCUUCAUUAUCUUUUGCAGCUAGUUCAGGCUGUGAAAUUUGAGCCUUACCACGACAGUGCGUUAGCCCGAUUUCUUCUAAAACGAGGCUUAAGGAACAAAAGAAUUGGACACUUUUUGUUUUGGUUUUUGAGAAGCGAGAUUGCACAGUCCAUGCACUAUCAGCAAAGAUUUGCUGUGAUCCUAGAAGCUUAUCUGAGAGGCUGUGGGAAAGCGAUGCUACAAGAUUUUAUGAAGCAGGUUCAAGUAAUUGAGCUGUUGCAUCGAGUGACUAUGGAUAUAAAGUCAAUUUCUGCUGAAAAGUAUGACGUCACUCCUCAGGUGAUCACGCAGCUCAAACAGAAGCUUGAGAAACUACAGGACAGCAAGUUUCCUGAGUGCUUUAGAGUUCCAUACGACCCUGGACUAAAAGCAGGAGCACUUGUGAUAGACAAGUGUAAAGUAAUGGCAUCCAAGAAAAAGCCACUUUGGCUAGAAUUCAAAUGUGCAGAUCCUACAUCCCUAUCCAAUGAAACUAUUGGCAUCAUCUUCAAACAUGGGGACGACCUGCGACAGGACAUGUUGAUUUUACAGAUACUUCGAAUAAUGGAGUCAAUCUGGGAAGAAGAAUCCUUGGAUUUAUGUUUGUUGCCAUAUGGUUGCAUUUCUACAGGAAAUAAAAUAGGGAUGAUUGAAAUUGUAAAAGAUGCUAUGACAAUUGCCAAAAUCCAGCAAAGCACAGUUGGAAACACAGGAGCAUUUAAGGAUGAAAUAUUAAAUCAGUGGCUAAAGGAAAAGUGUGUAAUUGAGGAAAAGUUUCAGGCAGCAGUGGACAGAUUUGUGUACUCUUGUGCUGGUUACUGUGUGGCAACUUUUGUACUUGGAAUAGGAGACAGGCAUAAUGACAACAUUAUGAUUACAGAAUCAGGUAAUCUCUUUCAUAUCGACUUUGGCCAUAUUCUUGGAAAUUACAAAAGCUUCCUUGGAAUUAAUAAGGAAAGAGUUCCUUUUGUGUUAACACCAGAUUUUCUUUUUGUCAUGGGAACCUCCGGGAAAAAAACAAGCCUACGCUUUCAAAAUUUUCAGGAUAUCUGUGUGAAAGCUUAUCUUGCUCUUCGGAAUCACACAAACCUUCUCAUCAUCUUAUUUUCUAUGAUGCUAAUGACUGGAAUGCCUCAACUGACCAGCAAAGAAGAUAUUGAAUAUAUCCGUGAUGCAUUGACUGUUGGCAAAAAUGAAGAAGAUGCUAAAAAGUAUUUCCUAGAUCAGAUUGAAGUUUGUAGGGAUAAGGGCUGGACUGUGCAGUUCAAUUGGUUUCUACAUCUUGUGCUUGGAAUUAAACAAGGAGUAGAAAAACAUUCUGCCUAAUGAUUGCUUAUACAAAUAAUCAGCAGGGAAUCCUUUUGAUGGUUCUUGACUGGGCUUCCAAGGGUUUUCCCCCCUGUCAAAAUGCAACUUUUCUUACAAUUAUCUGAUUAUUGGAAGUGCUGAUACUGAACAAUGAUAAUUUAAUUUAGGCAAAAGCUUGGCUGAGGUAGUAUUCAUUUCCCCCUAUUAGCCACAGAUGGUUAGUAAGUUAAAGCAGCCUUCUUAACCUGACACCCUCCAGAUGUGUUGGACUGCAAUUCCCAUUAUUCUCAGCCAGCAUGGCCAUUAGUCAUGCUGGCUGGGAAUUAUGGGAAUUGUAGUCCAAUACAUAUGGAAGGUACCAAGUUUCAGAAGGCUGAGCUACAUGGAGAAUUUAGAUGACAGCAUUGAGAAGGAAAAUCCUUUUUAUUUCCUGUUUUCUUAGCUAAAUAAUAUAAAUGAAAAAGACAGAAAAAUCUCCUGAAGAUCUGAGAAUUCAGAAAAAUUUCUAAAGGAAUAUUUUUCUUUCUUUCUCCUUAAGCCAUUUAACUAUUUGAAUGUCAUCAGUAAUUAAUUAAACUUUGAAAUAUUUUCUCUCGUUUCAUAAUAACAACAAAAGACUCCAUUAUGAUUUGUUUAAGGAUAGAAACUUGGAGAGCACAUAUUAUAAAUAUGUUAUUGUAGCACAUUAAAUCAUAUCUAUUGUUGCAAUGAGUGUUACACGUAAACUGGAACUAGUUCAUCGAUCUUUCUGGAAGCUAAAGUGCUGCAGCUCACAGGUCACUCUGAUGGUCAAUCACUGAGUGAUUCUGGAAAUCUCAUUGAAGAAUGAGGAGAAAAUUGUAGGAGGAGCCACUAAAGGAAAUAGGCAGUCUCUAUCAUUCUUAAAUGACUUGGACUAGAUCAGAAGAUGGGCAGUAACCACUGUAUGUGGAUCAUGAGUCUGCUCCUACUGCUAAUUCAUGUGUGGAAAUGCCAAAAAAAGCCCCAUAUCAAUAUUCUUUCUCCAAGACCCUGUGGAAAAGACUUCCCUCCACCUAAAUUUUAUCCUUGGUAGUGUAUUAGGUUUAAAUGUUUCAAGCUUUCUUAAGUUAUUUUUUAAAAAAGAGGCAGCAUUUUUCAUUGCCUGGUGGGACGAUAUAUUUAUACUAAUUGCAUAGUAAACUCAGUGAGAUAUUACCCAGGCUUCAAAAGCUUUACAGUGGUGGUUCUUGUUCCCUAGAAGAGUAGGUAUAGCUUCUCCUUCUUUUGUCUGAGAAGCAAAAGGGUUAUUUAUUUCUUCAGUACCAGUUUGUUCAUUCUCAAAUAUAUCUUGUACACCACUCCGAAAUUUUUCAAUGGGGAGUGGUAUAUAAAUAUUCUAAUAAUAAAUAAAUAAAUAAAUACACACAUGCCACAAUCCAGGGGACUACCAUGGUAAUACCCAACAGCUUGCACAUACAUGGUGUAACUUUUGACUCUGAACAGCAGACUCUUUUUUCUGCUGUUUUUCUGCAUUGUCCUGAGUUUUGAAAGUGCUCUGCCAUGCAGCUUGGGAAUUAAUGUUUGAGAAAUAAAAGUUCAAAAGUCCACGAGACAUACAGACCUGAUCACGUGGUUCGCUGGAUUGUGGCCUAUAUUCAAGAAAACUUUAAUAUUUCCAUGAUAGCAGAGUAAUUUGGCUAUUCUUAUUAAUGUUUUAAAACAGUAUUUAUUUUUAAAUAUGGGGCAUUUACUUCUAUUUAGAACUUCAUCAUUAUUAAAUAGGGCUUAAAGACAGAAUAUAUUCAAGAUAACUACUAGGUAAAUUAACAUCUCCACUAGGAUGAUGCUGGGAAUUUAUAAUUGAUUGUGCAAUUAUAAAAUUACAAAAACAUUGCUAAUAGUACACAUUUUGUCUUUGAAUUGAAUAUUUGUUUUGUGUAUAUAUGUAUAUGUCCAAAAGAAAUAGUUUGUAAUAUUUGUAAUAUUUGUUUCUGUGUGUUCUGUAACAUGCCUCACAGGAUUGUAUCCAAUUUUAGUACUAUUAAAAGCAGACCCAUUGAAAUUAACAGGGCUUAAGUUAGAGUAACAUUGAAUACAAUCAAUACACACCAUAGUUUGUACCUUAAAUAUAUACAAAAGCAAUAGAUCUUAAUUUUUUGUUUGUUUGCAUGAGUAACUUAAAACCAUGGCUCAAAUUUUAACAAAGAAAUCCACAUAGGAUAUUGGAAAAAUGUCAUAUACUAUAAGAGCUUUGAGACUUUCUAAAAAAAAAUCUUUACUUGUUUUUUUUUUUACAUCGUUGCCCUAAGCGCAGUGGUUUUCAUGUAUUAGGUAUAUAUUAGAAAAGCUAAGAUAUUGAAGUUGGACUGAAUAGGAAAACCUUUCCUAACAAUGCUACUUGCAUAGGUUUUUAAAAAACUCAAUCAUUUGUAUUGUAUCUGUAGCUUUAGUUUUUAAAAAGUGUGUGUUCUGAUGUUGAAAUGAAUUGUAUAUAUGAUUGAUUAAAGAGUACUAAUACACAUA